GACGCUCUGGUACAGAAUUCAGUAUUCGACGUAUCGGCGGAAUUGUUGGUCGUGAUUGCAGUGAUACGCGGCUGGUACCGCCGUAGUACCGCGGUGUCUUAGUCUUAGUCAAUCGAGUGACCUUCCAGGUUCACUCGGUCAGUGUGAUAAGAAUAAUCGGCAGUGCGGAUAAGAAAUUUGGGAAACUGCGCUUGUGGAGCUAGUGCUAGCAUCAGUUUUAUUUUUAUUGGUGUCGCGACUAAGUUCUUGUUCGUUUUGGGAGUUCGAUCGUAGCAGGAGGUAGUUGAUCUUAAUAAGCUAUUAACAAACUCCUCCCAUUACGUGUGAACUUGAAUCCGAUCAAUUUCUCUCCAGGAUACGGCAAUUACCAUCAACUGCGAGGGAUCUGACUACCACAAUAAACAAGUGCCAAAACAAUAGACUGCGAACCAUCAGCAUGCCACAAACGAAGCGACUGAAUAAAUUCGCGUCCAGAAACGAGUGAACAAUGCGAAACAAGUGCGAAACGAGAGUUGUUUUGAUUAGAAUCAAUUAUUGAGUGUCCGGUCCGUUAUUUCCUAGCCGACAUGGAUUUUUAAUGGAAUUUGCGACAGGAUUAUGCCCGCCAUGACUACUCACGGUGGAGUUUUGUAUUACGUAGUCAAGGUGCCCAGGGAUUCGGAGCACAGCGUGGAGAGCGGCUGGGACAAUCCCUUCCGACCUGGCGGUGACCUGAGCAGAGAGGCAGACGAAAUCGUGGAACUGAUAAAGGGCGGCAAGCCCAUUACGCCCACUCCCGAUCAACAGGCGCCCCUCCUGCCCCCUCUGGACGAAAACGAUCACUCAGUCCUGAACAACAUCCAGGAGCCUAUCACGGAAUCUCCCAAAAAGACCACCCAACUGAAUGCAGCACCGCCACAGCAGAAUAAUGCCAACGGUACUGCCAAAAACGAAGCCAACGCCAAGACGACGGUCUCGCCCAAAGCGACGACCGCCCCUGGCAGCGUGGACGUGCAAAGGGUGACUGUGAAACCCGAUGGCGAUACGUGCCAAGUGGAGCACGUAACUAUCAAAAAAAAACCCAAGUGCAAGUGUUGUGUUAUACAAUAACUCUGGAUAGCGAAUAGAAUUUUUGUUACUGUUAUAUCUUUUGUAGAGGAGGAGAUGGAGGGAGAUCGGGUUGCGAAGGCCGAGAGUUAGCGUCUGUGAUAAAAAUUUCAGUAGAGUGGAAGAUGUACUGCGUUCCCCCAGUGAAUCAAAAACAUAUUGAUAUCAAUAUUUAUAGUUUUGAGUUGUUUCCUAAUUACGAUAAAUCGACAUUCACUGGCCGGUGCCAAGUAGUUGGAUCAUUAGUCAACCCUGAGGGCAAUUGGAAAACCCCCACAUUGAAUGAAUGCUUCAUUUUUCCAAAGAAUGAAUUUCAGAUACUUUUACAUAUAUCGAAAUUUCUUCCCAUACAUUCUCAAGGUAUCUAUUUUAACAGAUGGGUCACUCGUUAGCCCAAAAGGCAGUCGUAGAAAUUCCUGGGAAGACUAAAUCUAUUUUUAGUCGGUGUUCACUUCACAUUACACACACUGUGUACAUCACUCUCAUACAAUUAGUGAACAAAUCAGGUCAAUAGGCUACCUGUACAUUUUUGCUCGAAUGUCCAUGAAACUGACUCAAUGUUACGAGACAUAUCCACUUCUACAAUUCGGCUUCAAGAAGUAUUCUUGAACUAUAAUGAAUAUUUUCACAGAAACGGCAGAUUACACAACUUCAAUUUUAUUCAAUACACAAUAACAAGCAUAAUUACAACACUAUCCAGCAUAAUAAUGUAAGUAGUACUACACCACAAUCAAGCAUAAAAAGAUCUGCACGUGGCCCAUUUCUUCAAUCACUUGUCAGGUAGAUGGAUCGCUUGUUAGUCCUAAUGGCAUUCGAAAAAACUCCCUUGAGCUACGAAAAUGUAUAUAUUUUAUAUAUUUUUAACCACCUAGUUUUCUAGAAUCAAAACUGGGUAGGUUAUUUAAGAUCUGACAACCAACUGUACAAAAUUUAAAUAAAAUAAGAAAACAUGUUGAGGCUACAAAUGUUUUUAUCACAGAUUCUAUCGGCUUUGAAGUGAUACUGGAAUUUGAUAGAAACAGCCUGGUCUCAUAUCUGAUGUCAAAUACCAUUAUGCUUCAUUAACGCUUGAACCAAUCUCCAAACUGUUAGGAAGUGGAGUAUAACUUCAUGCACUCAAUACCCAGUACACCUUUAAUAUUGGUUAUAUAUUAGUGGACAGAGGCAUACAGUUUAUUGGUGUGAAGAAGUUAUUUUGGAUUACACAACAAUCAAAACAAUGUGAGAAUUUAAGUAAAGGUACUUCACAGGUUCUGGCACAAAAUCCGAUGCUUUUUUUUAUGGUGCUUCAUUUCAGUCAUUUACGAUCCGUUCAAGGUUAUUCGAACUGGUCGGUGGGGAAGGUCCUCAGCCAAUCAGGAUGGAGAGAGCAAAUAUCGACAAGGUGGUUGCAUCAAAUGAAAUUGUUCGGGGAUGACGGUGAGGAUGACGUCGGCGGGCUUUUAGCAGAUCAGAUUUAAACAGAUCUUGAUUAGGUUUAAAUCAGGUUUGAACAGGUACUUAUUCGGUAAAGUGGCCACUUCAUCAGAUAAAUACCUGUUUGAACAAUUAUUUAUCUGGUAAGGUGGCCACUUCAUCAGAUAAAUACCUGUUCAAAGCUGUUCCUGACCUGAUCGAGACCUGUUCAAACCUGAAUAAAACCUGAUCGAGGGAUCUGACCAUCUGAUACAACCACCUAACCAUUCUGAUUGGCUGAGGACCAUUUUCGCCUCGAAUGACCUUGAACGGACCGUGAAUGACUGAAAUGAAGCACCAUAAAAAAGAGCAUGGGAUUUUGAGUUAGAAUUUGUUAUGUAGCUUUAGCAAUAAACCCCGUGCUUCAAUUAAGUAGCAUAAAUACGAGUUUGGAAUCAAACUUUGGGUGUUUAUUUGAAGCACUUGGGUAUGAGGAAUGUGUACCUAAAAGGUGACUAUGAUUUUUCAUCAUAAAAUAGUGAGAUUUUAUUUUCCUAUAAGAAUAUAGAGUAUUCGAGAUUAUUUUUUCAUUCAGAAGCAAUGAAUCAUUUGUAUGCUUGAUGUAUACAGUCUGGUCAUUUUAUUAAAUUUAUUUUUCAAUACUUAUCAGAUCGAGUAUAUUGCCUUAAUUUUAUUACUCAUCGAUUUCCACAUAUUUUUGUUCUGUUUAUAUUAUUUGUUGAUAAAUUGCUUCCAGACUGUAUUCAAAUGGAUGUACAUGCCACUGAUUUUUGAAUGAAUAGGAGAAUAAUAAUCAAGAAAAUAUAAACUAACUAUAUAUGUACAGAAUAGCAAUUCCUAGUUAUUGUAUUUACAAAUAACGUCAAAAACUGUGAAAAUAAAGAGAUCUAUUAAUAGUUACUUUGAGAUUAAAGUGUCAGAAUGUAGGUUCAGAGUAUCUGAGCGUUAUGUUGUUUGAUUUUUUUCAUUUCUCAAGGUUGGUGACACUGAAAUUCAGUAAUAAUCAACUUAAAUAUUAGAAAUAAGUUUCCUCCUCAGCGGUUUUUAUCACAUGUGAGUUACAUGAUGUUUGAAAUAUUUGAAAUCAAACAAUUUAAUGCAGAACUUUUUAUAAUCAAACAGUUUACAUAUUUUCAGUUUGAAUACCUACAGUGAGAUAUGAGAGAUAUUCGAAUCAAUUUUACAAACAUAUUUUAUAUACUUUUUGAGUCAUAUAUGAUUUUUAAGGCAAUUAACAAUUUUUACCUUCUACCUAACCUACAUUUUCAAUUUUGAUUACAUAUUUUUUCCGGGACAGAGUGUUUGAUGGUUUCAAAUUUGAAGCUUCAUUAUUUAACCAACAAAUUAACGUAUUUUAUUGUCUGAAUCGCUGUCCCUCAAAGUGCUAUGAGAUGUAGAUAUUAUAUAUAGUACAAUUAGUUAUUUUUUAUAAGCUGUUUCGAUGAGUGGAAAAGAUUCAUCAAGAACAUGUUUCUUCGGAGUAACGUGGUAACAAGUAGAACAGUUUUAGUUAUAUGUUUCGUAUUUUUAAGUUUUAUUUCAAUGACCUCGUUGAAUUGUAUUCUUUGUGUGGUUGUAUGAAUGGAUCCUACUUUCAGUUCAUUAUCAAAAUUGUUCCAGCACAAAAAGCCCCUUUCGGUUUUGAGAUAACUCAGUUACACGGGUGCACAGAGAGUUUGGGAGCGAACCUAAUAAAAUAUACGGAGUGCGUCACGAAUAAAAACGAUGUUAUCUUUAGUUUCUCAUUAUCCUGUAUGUGAUUAUUUGUAUGUGAAUAACGUCCUCUGUAUAGUUGGUCUGUGUAUAAUAUAAUGCAGCUUUUUAUGCUUAUAUUACAUAUUAUGUAGAUUAUAGAAUGUACAUUUUAUAAGUUAACUAUAUCUCCCCACAACUUUUGUAAUGAUUUGAUAUUGACUUAUCAUUCGUUAAUUUUAUUUCUUCUGUAUCAUAUUGUAUAAAUUAACCUUUAUUUGUAUACCAUGCCACAUUGCAUUAAAAAUUGUGAUGGUCUCAUCAAA